AUGGAGCGAAUCGUUCAAAAACUCAACAGCCCUCUGUUGAAAAGAAAAUCUUUAACGGAUAGGAAUCGCAAUUUUGGAGUUCCUCUCAAAUGUCUUAUCUACAAAAAAUCAACCUUUGUGCCCUGUAUUGUGGAGAAUAUUUGUGAAUUUAUAUUGGCGUAUGGACUCCAAACUGAGGGCAUCUUCCGUGUUAACGGAAGUACCAAGGCAAUAGCAAGCUUGAAGGCACAAUUUGAUAUUACAAGUGCCGAGGAUCUCAAUGGUUCGGACUGCGAAGAUAUUCAUGCGAUUUGCGGUGUAUUGAAACUUUUUCUCAGAGAAAUUCCCGAUGGAAUUAUUCCUGACGUUUCUACCAGGCAAAUCGUUAAGAUCAUGGACCAACUGAAGGAUGAGAAGCCUCAGUGUGUGCUGAAACUUAGAAAUGUUGUUAAAAACCUUCCAGAAGAAAAUUAUAACCUUCUUCGUUAUGUAUGUCACUUCCUGAAAGAAAUAUUGGUGAAUGAAGAAUCUACAAAAAUGUCAGCUGCUAAUCUCGGCAUAGUAUUCGGUCCUUGUCUUUUCAAAUGUGGCCUCGGUGUCCAGGGUCUCCGUCAACAGAAUCUGUCUAACUUAGCCACAACAUAUUUCAUCACUCACUUUGACGUUGUUUUUUCUCCGUCUCCUCCACCCCACUCGACAUCCAUUGGCAGUCAACUCCAUCAGCACAUUCAAUUCGGCCUACUCAAAUCCGCCACGAGUCUUAACAGUCUUCUUCAACGUCGACGACGAAGUGGUGUUGUUCCACGACGCUCCAUGGUAACCGCCACAUCUACAGAGGAAGCUAUGGCUGUCACGAGUCUGUCAGUCAGUGGGCAUGUCGGUUGCGGUUCGAGGUCCCGUCCUAUUAGUCCUGGGGGUGAUACUGCAUCCCCUCUUCUUUCACCAGAAGCUGUCGACAGCUCCUGUUUGGUAGCUCAUUCUUCUAGCAGUUUGUCGCUUUCACCCUCGAGAAAAUGGCAAUAUUCCGAUACUGAAGAAAAUGAUCUCGGGCAUGUUUCAUUCAAUAUAUUAUUUUACAGUUUAUCAAUUUUUCAUUUAAACCUCACGGUUAUUCAUUAUUAA